CCAUUGCCUGGAUCCCUGGACACAGAGGGAUUAAAGGUAAUGAAAGGGUGGAUGACUUAGCUCGUGAUGCCAUUAGUUCUGGAGACAUGUUUCCAUUUAAGAAUGUUGCUGAAGACCUGUUGGCACUGCCUAAAAUAUACCUAAGAAAGGAAUGGACAAAAUUAUGGGCAUCUGGUGCGGGUGCCGCUGCGUUACAUUAUCGGAGCAUACAAAGAUCAAUUCCUGCCAAACCUUGGUUUGCUAAAAUCUCUUUGCCAAAGCCUGCAACCAGUAUGUUAAUUCGAAUGAGAUUGGGUCACGUAUGUACACCGGAACACCUGAAACUACAAAAUCGCGUGGCCAGUUCCGCAUGUAUUUGUGGAGCUGAUCCCGCUGAUCUUAAUCAUAUAUUCUUUUCAGGUAAUUGUAACCUGUAUGACCGUUCUAUAUUAUUAAGACAGCUGUCAGAUUUAAAAGUUCCGUUUCCCACAUCUAUUAGAACACUCCUGUAUAUUAAUAAUUCUUCUCCAUAUAUAUUUAAAUCAUUGUAUUCAUUCCUCUCACGUCAUAAUAUAAAAUUAUAAUAUAUUACCAUUCCCUGAUCCUUAUCCAAAUUCCGACAUAUCCUUUAUAAUGUAAUCCUUUAAUUCCGUUUCCCCGUUUUACUCGUUUGGCUGAAUGCGCCAGGAGCGCGAUGCCAUAAAAAAAAAAAAAAAAAAAAAAAGUGAGUGUCAUAAUGUCAUGUCUGCGUCAUUUUAUGGUUUACAGUUCAUAAACAACUGUAAACUUAUGUGAUUUAAUGAUAUAAUUUGGGUAUUAUAUUUAAAAAAUAGUGUAAUAUGGGCCCAUAAUUUACUUUAUAAGUAACCUUUUAUUUAUUUAGGUGCAUAAAAUAUUAUAUUUAUGUUGUAACCUGUCCAUUAAAAUGGGAGGAGGAGAUCUGAACUCGAAGAAAUCAUGGCAUCCCAACACUAUGAAAAAUCAGGAGCGUGUUUGGAAAGCGGAGCAAGCCAGUGUAGAAGAGAAAAAGCGUAUUCUGGAGCUACAGAGAGAACGGGCAGAGGAGCGCGACCGUGCGGAGCUGAACGACCUCGCCAAACGUACAGCAGGAGCCUCUGGGGCCAAUGACAAUCGCUUGCAUUGGAUGUAUGAUAAACCUGAUAAAAAGGUACAGCAAGAAGAUUUUCUCCUUGGCAAAGCCAUUGACAGCAACUAUGAGGCAAAUAAAGUUGAACCAGACUACAUCCCUGCAGUGGCUCGGAGAGUGGUGGGAUCCAGCAUGCUGGCCAGCGUGGGUGACACACAGGUCGACCUGGCGAGAAAGAUGCGAGAGGAUCCACUAAUGCUAGUGAAAGAGAGGGAGAGAGCUGCUCGGGCAGCCCUGUUGAAUAACCCUUUGCAAAGGCGUCGGUUAGCAGAGUUACUUAGGAAAGAGCAGGAGCAAAGAAAUCAAAAGAAGGAAAAGAAAAAACCAAAGAAAGACAAAGAUUUAGAUAAUAUGCUUGCUGCUAAGCUCACUGCCAUGGGUGAAAAAGAAAUUGACCUAGCGGCUCUACUUGCUUCUAACGAUUCCAGUUCCGAUUCUUCUUCUGAGGAGGAGCAUAAAAAAUGCAAAAAGAAGCACAAAAAGUCAAAGAAACAUAAAAAGGAAAAAAAGAAGUCAAAACGUGAAGAUUCCAGCAAAGUUUCUUCAGAUGAAGAAGACCCAAAUAAGUCUAAACGUAAGCCUCGCGUCCAACGGAGCGGGUCCCCUAAAAUUAAGAGCAGAAACCAGAAGUCACAUCAUCGCAGCGGCAGCCCCAACGACUCAGAUUACGAACAGAGUAACAAGAAAUAUAGAAGAGCCGAGAAAAUCGACGCGAGAUCGGACAAAGGCGGCCCCGGACGGAUGCGGCGGGACAGCGCCGAGCGCGAGGGGUCGCCCGACCGGCGGAGGAGACGCCCGUCGGAGGAGCGGAGACCCGGACAAGACCGAAGGCAACAGUCGCCCGACCGCCGGAGACAGCCGAGGUCGGAGGAGAGGACCCACAGACCGCAGGAGCGCGAGUCGAACAAAGCGGACUCCCGGGGAGGGCACAAGAAGAGGGUCGGGAUGAGCGCAGAGGAGCGCGCGGCGGCGCUGGCGGCGAUGACGGCGGCGGGCGCGGAGCGCGAGCGCGAGCGGGCGGCGCGCGUGGCCGCCCAGCGCGCGGCCGCCCGGCGCCUGGCCGCCCAGCCGCCCGCCCAGCGCGCGCUGCGCACCGAGGCGCACCACCUGCCCGACUCGCUCGAGAGCCGCAUACACUCCAACCGGCACUAUAUCCAGCGGGAUCGCACGCACAUGGACAAGCCCUUUGCGCGCAGGUGACCUCGACUAGAUUAAGCCUGACUGUUGUUGGCGCCUAAAAUUUAUAACUGGCCCGUCAAGAUGCCGGCGGCUUUCGACUGGAAAUUAGAUUUGUCUUGACACUAUGUAUAGUUACGAAAAAUUGUUUUAGAAGGAGUAGUUUUUAAUUAGUUUAUAGUAUUUUAUGCAAC